GGAAUAGAGCCCCGGGGCGGCGCACGGCGCUGUCGAUCGCUCCGCCGUCCGUCGUCACCGCGGGUGACACAGAGCGUGUAAAAAUACCCACGGCGCCGGACCGCGGAGGGAAGGGAGGGGCGCCACCUCACCUCCGGGACGGACGGACAGACAGACGCCGCGGGCUAUUGGCUAGGUCAGUGACGGAGGGACGGCCGCCACAGGAGUCGCCCCAGCAGCGCCGCGAGACCCUGCAUUGGCAGAGAAAAGAGACCACGCCGAAGAUCAGCCCCGAAGAUGUCUUCCUACCGUCGGCCGAGGCACCACACCUACGACUACAACUACAAGGUGGGCGAGAGCAGCUACCGCGACAUGCUCGAUUACCUGGACAAGAAGGAAGGCCGCCGCGCGCCCAGUCCUCCUCCCGGAAAGAAAACGUUUGCGGAGCGCUUCGCCGAGCGUCCCUUCUACGGCGAGCCGCGCCCGCUCAAACUGCACCAGAGCGAUCUCCUGGCUCCCGAGCGCCGUAUCUCGGAGCGUCCCUCCUCUGAGCGGCGAGCCACAGAGCGUCCCUCCGCAGACCGAUGGGCCAGCGACGCUGCCGACAGGACAGCCGGGCUGUCUCCGCGGCCGGAGCGACGGCGCGUGCUCGACGACAUGCCGCUGCUCUCAGAGCGCACCAGCAAACCGGCUGCUAACGAAGAGGCCCUGGAGAUGGAUCCCGAGGAGCUGAUCGCCUCGAUCCGCCGCGGCCGCGCCAAGCGAAUGGAACUGCUCAGUUCUCUGGAGGCCGAGUCGGCAGCGGAGGGCGCGGAGGAGAGCAGCGCGGCCCGUCGUCGGAGGGCGCCGCGGCUGGACUCCGAGGAGCCCGAGGAGCCCCUCUCCAGCCGGCUGCGGAGCCUGGCGCUCACAGACGACAAAGAGCAGGAGGGCACCGUGGCCUCGCGCGCCGCCGCAUCCAGCAGCUCGUCCUACUCGCUAUCCACCAAGCGCAGCGUCUCGUCCAAGAUGCAGAGCUCAUCCAGCAAAACCACACGCUCAGUGCAUUACGAUUAGGAGUUUGUUCUAACGCCGCACACCCUGAGUCCAGACAGGACAGGAGCGCGGCAAGGGGAGGGACUGGGGACCGUAAAUUAGGCUGACAAAGAAGUCACUUAAAGGUCAAGGAAAGCAGCACACAGGGAACGAAAUGCAUUGGUGUGAGAUAGUCUUUUCAGAGAGAUCUUGUAUGUAUGUGCAAAUGUAGAACCUAGACAAUGUGAGCAUUGUGAAAACUUUUCAAGAAAAAUAAUGAUGGGAUUUGGGAACAUAUGAGAUGAUAAGGGCAUCAUAGGCUAAGUAAAGAUGCAAUGCAAAGUGAUAGAUGUUUCUGUGCUGUUUUAUAUAAGCAUAAUAUAAUAGUUUACAGUUAUAAAACAGUCACCUUUCGUUGAAAUGCAUGGAACGGUGAUAGACCGUUCUUUACUGAGUUGAAAUAGCCAUUUGUUUGUUAUACAUACUUGAAAUAAAUGGGUGAAUUUAAUUUCUUCGUUAACUUUGUAACUUGGAAUAGUUUAUUUAAAAGUAUUUUGGGUGCUGUUUGCUUCAUUGCAUUUGAUAUCGCACAAAACAUUUGUUACGUGCGGCGAUAAGAGCCUAUCAUUAAACACCUUAACCCGCGCCCCGUUGGGCUCUGCCGAGCAACGCGCCCGGUUGGGGGGGGGGGCAUUUUGGCCCCCCCCCCCUAAGAUCUCGAGAACCACGCAACAUAGCGACAAGCGGUAAACGGCGUUGGAUAGCUCCAACGGGGAACUACCUUGUGACCCAAUUUUAUUGACCUAGGUCAAACCGAUGACGUCACAGGUCAGGUCAAAGGUCCAAUUUUCACCGUUUACAGGCACUUCAAGAAAUGCGUUGUAAAAUCGAGUAAAAUGCAUUUCAUUGAAAAUCAUCGAUGGGGAAAUGUACUUCAAACACAUAUUUUGCUAUUUGAGGUCACUGAUACCAGGUCAGGUCACAGAGGUCAGGUCACGGGGGGGUCACAAUAUGAAAGUGUCGUGUGAUACAUGUUUUAUGGUCCAUUUUACAUGACAAAUGCGAUUAUAUGGGUCAGGCAGCCUUUGGGGCCAGCUUAGAUCACGUUUUGGUCAAGGUCAGGUCAAGGUCAGGUCAAGGUCAGGUCAAAUUAGGUCAAAUUUCAAAGUUAAUAUUUUUGCAUAAAAUGGGUAUGGAAUCGAUGCAGCUCGUCACGGGGAGUUCAAUGGUGGUCUUUGUUUUGCCGUACGAGGUCUAGAAUUGCUAAAAAUUGAGUUCAAAAAUUUGACGUCAUCAUUUUUGAACAGUUUUUUUCGCUAUAACUUGGCCAAAAAACGAGAUAUCGAUCUGAAAUUUGGUAUGUAUAUAGAAGAGCGCUGGGACUAUCACAUAUAUUCCGGUUUUUUCGAAAUUCGGAAAAUUUUUGGAUUUUUUCAAAGUUUUUCUAAAAAAAUCAAUUUUUUGAUUGUUUUAGGUCAAAAACCAAAAAUUUUGAAAAUCCGAGAUAGCAGUUUUGUAGCGCCGCCUUUUGUCUACUAGACCAUAUAGAGAACUUUGAAAUUGCUUGAUAACUGUAGAUUUGGUGAGCGUUUCAAGAUUGCAUGUUUUUUGCUCAUUUUUGCUCGAACAUGACCUCAGUUUGACCUCAAUAACUCCUGACCUAAGGUGACUUAAGACUUGAAAUUUGGUGUGAAGGUGUCAAAUUGAUGCCCGGGAAGGUACUGAAAAUUUGGCGGCGCUGCGCGCCGCCGUUUUCUUGCUAUUCAGGAAAAACCACAGGGGGGGCCAAAAUGGCCCCCCCCCAACGGGGCGAGGGUUAAGGCACGCAGCAUUUUACAGUUCAUCAUAGCCGGCAGUAUGUCCAGCAUCUAAAUAUUCUAAAAAGAUUUGUACUUACGUGGUGAGGACACGCUGAAAUUUGAAAGGAGUAAGCCCACUCAUUUCCAUAUAAUCCUUAACUCUAUACGAAUCGCUGACAAUUUUGACCUUCAGCUUGUCCCCGGCACAGUAUAACCGUGGACAGGUUGUGCAACACGCCCGGUUAGAUUACCGAGGAGCGACAGCUGCCCGGGCUGGCAGCGUCAGGCUCGCUGGACCAGCGAGAUUAUCUGACUGGCGGCAUUGGUCUGUCGGCGGUCAGCCCGGCCAGGCCCAUAUACAGAGUCCACCGGCAAGGUCGAUAUGACAUGUCACAUGUGUAAUACCUGCUUACCAGCGCUGUGCUCAGGAGGCGACCGACGGUGAUGAUGGCUGAGCGUUGUAAAAUGAUUCAUUACACUUGUUUGGAAUGACAAUC